GACCGCUGGCAGGUUGACCUGGCACAUUCAUGCUACCAAGUGCUGGAUGGAGCGUGAUGGGCUAGAUUAGAGAGAGGCAUGAAAAAGACCGAAGAGUUUUGCAGGGACAGGUGUGGUCGGUCAGUAAGGAGUUUAGGUUUCAUUAAAACAACAGUGCGAAUCUUGUCUUUUUUUUUUUUUUUAAGAGAAUGACAAGAUCUGAUACUCAUUUACUAAUAAAAACUUUUGCUGGUGUGUGGCAAACAGAGGAGAGUGAGGGUAGAAGCUGGAAGACCAAUUUGGAAACUUCUGCAGAUCUGGAUGAUGUGUUGGAGAAAGCCAAGAAAGCCAAUGUUACGGCUCUUGUGGUGGUCGCUGAACAUUCAGGAGAAUUUGAAAAGAUUAUGCAGCUUUCAGAAAGGUAUAACGGGUUUGUCCUGCCAUGCUUGGGUGUUCAUCCAGUUCAAGGACUUUCACCAGAAGAACAAAGAAGUGUCACAUUAAAGGAUUUGGAUGUAGCUUUGCCCAUUAUUGAGAAUUAUAAGGAUCGAUUAUUGGCAAUUGGAGAGGUGGGACUGGAUUUCUCCCCCAGAUUUGCUGGCACUGAUGCACAAAAGGAAGAGCAAAGACAAGUCCUAAUCAGACAGGUCCAGUUAGCCAAAAGACUAAAUUUACCUUUAAAUGUUCACUCACGUUCAGCUGGAAGACCCACCAUCAGCCUCUUAAAUGAGCAAGGUGCUGACAAAGUGCUGCUCCAUGCAUUUGAUGGUCGGCCAUCCGUAGCCAUGGAAGGAGUAAAAGCUGGGUACUUCUUCUCGAUCCCUCCUUCUAUCAUAAGGAGUGGACAGAAGCAGAAACUUGUGAGACAGUUGCCUUUAACCUCCAUUUGCUUGGAAACAGACUCACCUGCACUAGGACCAGAAAAACAGGUACGGAAUGAACCCCAAAACAUUACCAUCUCAGCAGAAUAUAUUGCCCAGGUGAAAGGAAUCUCAGUGGAAGAAGUGAUGGAAGUGACAACACAGAAUGCAUUGAAAUUGUUCCCCAAGCUCCAGCACCUGCUCCAGAAAUAACUUCAAAGCCAAAUGAACUGAAAGGGGCAGCAUUUGA